UAUAUAUUAACAAGAACAAGAAUAUCUGAUUUCUCUUUCUACAAUUGUUUUGUUUUCGCAGUUUCACCUUGUUGUUGUCGGUCUGAGUCAUCUCAAUCUCAAACGUUAUGGCGAAUUCUGAUCUCUCAUUGCUUUUGCCAAGGGUUCUCAUCGUUUCUCGUCGUACCAUCCGAAAGAACAAAUUUGUUGAUUUUGUUGGUGAGUAUCAUCUGGAUCUCAUUGUAAAAUAUGGAGCUGUUCCAAUCAUUGUCCCAAGAGUGAGUGGAAUUCAUACUCUCUUAGAUAGCUUUGAGCCAAUCCAUGGAGUUCUUCUUUGUGAAGGUGAGGACAUUGAUCCUUCUCAUUAUGAUGAUGCAGACCUGUGUGGACUUACACCUGAAGAGCUUGAGCAAAUAAGGCAGCUUCACCCAAGUGAUGCUGCCAUUGAUAAAGAGAAAGAUUCCAUUGAACUAAGGCUUGCAAAGCUCUGCCUUGAAAGAAAUAUACCUUAUUUGGGUAUAUGCAGGGGAUCUCAAAUCCUUAAUGUUUCAUGUGGAGGCACACUUUACCAAGAUAUAGAGAAAGAGCUAUUCGAUAAAUGCCAAGAGCAUCAACGAGUAGUUCACAUGGACUAUGGAAACUACGAUGGACAUCGUCAUUCGAUAUAUGUAAUGGCAAACACCCCUUUGCAUGAUUGGUUUAAGGACUCUUUUGUAGAUGACAAAAUGCAGAUCAUGGUGAAUAGUUACCACCAUCAGGGUGUUAAGAGACUUGCAGAGAGAUUUGUUCCAAUGGCAUUUGCUCCAGAUGGUUUGGUUGAAGGAUUUUACAAUCCAAAUAAUUACAAUCCUGAAGAGGGAAAGUUUAUUAUGGGCCUUCAAUUUCAUCCAGAGAGAAUGAGGAACCAAGACAGUGAUGAAUUUGAUUAUCCUGGAUGCAGUAUGGCCUAUCAGGAAUUUGCGAAGGCUGUGAUUGCGUAUGAGAAAAAACUCAGCAGCUCAAUACUGAUCCCAAAGUCCACAAAGCUAAAUGAGGAACUGGAGCAGAAGCGAAAACUCAUUCUGAAAAGCUUUUCAGUGGCUAGAAACAUUUACAAGUCUGAUUCUCAUAUGGUCGCAAGCCGAAGUUCUGAACUUGAACCAGGAGCAGAGUUUUUACAGGCAAAUACAGCACUUAGUUUGCAGCAGGAGAAUAGGCUAAAGCAGGUUGGUGCAACAAUUAGAAACGGUUCAAGUUAUGCACAGAAGAUGAAAACGAAUCAGGUGAGGGAGAAGGCUGCUAGGACGAUGAUGUCAAAUAUGUCUGUAGAACAGUUAACAGAUUUGGUGUCUUUCUAUGGAUUGAUGCAUCAGAUAUGUUCCGAGACAAUGGACAGAAAGAUGCUUGAGCUAGAGCUCCUAGUGGAAGAAAGUUGAUUUCCUUGACAGUAAAAUGUUAGGAUUAUAGGUGUCCAGAAAUUUUGGUAUAAGUUUGGUUUGUUUUUUUCUCCCUUUACAGAUUUGAAGGAAGCAAUAUUAUUACAUUUCCUGUACAGAUUUUGGUAUAAGUUUGAUUUGUUUUAUUUCCUUUCAUGAAAUGCUGGUGCUUUUUUCUUCCUCUACCGUCCUUUUCUGGGUGGAGGACCGGCAUUUCUCUUGAGAAUUAGAAAUAGACUUUCAACUUGAUCCCUCUUUGUUAUCUGUUCAUUCUGAAUGGUUUGUUACUGUUUUAUUAAGCUUAACUAUUAGAGCUGGUCUGUUAAGGCAGAUGGGGAAUGCCCCGACACUCAGUAAUGUUUUAUGUUUUAGCAAUUGAAUGAAGCUAUGGUGAUCUUUCAUGAACGCUGGUUUUGAUCCCAAG